AUGGUUGUCCUUGCAUCUGCUGCGGACCCUGUUGUGGGUGCUUCGACCACAACUGGUGCGGAUGUGGUUGUGGUGGAUGCUGCUGUGGCAGUUGGCACGGCGGAUGCUGUGGUGGCGGUUGUGGUGGCUGCUGUGGCUGUAAUUGCGGUCACUGCUGUUGCUAAGUCAGAACCGCUCCUUCCCCGCAUUCACCCCGAAAGAGAAUACAAAUUUAGCUUCUUCCUUUCAUUCUUUCGACUUUUCUAA